AGUCCACUCUAGUGGAUAGCACUCGGCGGAGGUGCAGAGUCCACUCUAGUGUAUAGCACCCGGCGGCGGAAGUCACGGGCGGCUGGCGGUGACGUCACUUCCUGUGCGCCCAGUGUUUUCUCUCUUGCUGGAUCUGCUGGUGUUGGCGUGAAUCCCACUCCUGACGGUCACGAUGGCGAUGCAAGCGGCGAAACGUGCGAAUGUAAGUACAUACCGGCCAAUAUAGGAGGGAGGAGGGACUGAGUCUGAUCAUUGAGCGGCGAUAUUUACUAAACUCCGCGACAGAGCCAACCGGACACAGCUCGGAUCAUACGGCCCCCAGUGUGGCUCCCAGCGGGGCUAUCAGGGGGUAGAGCUGGGGGUAUCCUGGCUGCCUGUAAUACAGGGGUAGGCAACCUUCGGCAUACAUCCCCCAUAAUGCUCUUACACCCAUAAUGUUGGCAAAGCAUCAUGGGAGGUGUAGUACAAAACAUCUGCAGUGCAGUAGCGCCUGGGCUACAUGCUGCUGAUAGAUGGACCUAUCUCCUGGCUCUCCGGGUAAUAGCAAUGCCGGGACCGCGGGGUAAUAACAAUGCGCCGGGACCGCAGGGUAGUAACAAUGCGCCGGGACCGCAGGGUAGUAACAAUGCGCCAGGACCACCGCAGGGUAGUAACAAUGCGCCGGGACCGCCGCAGGGUAGUAACAAUGCGCCGGGACCGCCGCAGGGUAGUAACAAUGCGCCGGGACCGCCGCAGGGUAGUAACAAUGCGCCGGGACCGCCGCAGGGUAGUAACAAUGCGCCGGGACCUCAGUCACAAUGUAUCCAAACUUUAUUCACCUGAUUUGGGGGGUUUAAAACAUGGCUGCCCGAAAGAUAGAGCCCCCGGAUGUAGAACUACAACCACCACAAUGCUUUGCAUGCCUUUACAAUGACAAAGCAUCAUGGUAGCUGUAGUUUUCAAAAAGUCUGGGGAUCUAUAUUUUGGGCAACAAUCUUAAGGGUUUAGGUCUUGCACAUUCAAAUGAGCUCUUUCAGAGACAUGGAGUAUCCGUAAGGGAGGCUUUCAGGUGUGAACAAUACUGUAGCAGUGAGUAAAAUGGGUAUAAGGGUGGAGUGUGGACUGUUGUGGGUUAAAGGAACACUUUAAUUCCUUAAAACACUAUAACGGACACCUAUAGUCUCCCAAAAAUAUUUUCUUUUCAGGACUAUAAGUUUUCUUAUGUUAUUUUGAUAUUUGUUCACUACCCACAAUUUAAAAAGUUAUGUUUAAUAACGAUUACUCAACAUUUCCAGCGCAGAGACAUCUCCGCUCCAACUCAGUCUUUAUCAGAAUAGCUGCUGAUUGGUUCCGAUCCUGUCUCGUUCAAUCCAUGGCUUAUCUUUGAGGACGGGAUAGUCAUGUGUGCCAAAAUGUUGCACUCCAAUCAAAAGCUGCUGUCAGGAAGAGAGUCGAUGGACAUGUUUUUAACCUUUCAAUGUAAACAUUUCUGUUUCUUCAAAGUGGAAAUAUUUUACACUGAAGGGCUAAAACAACAGGGCCGCUCAUUGAGUUGAUGUUGUCCGGGUGCCAUUAGUGGACAUUUACUUUUUUUGCUAUAGGGGAAGUACUAAUAUGAGCGCGGCAGGUCUCCCCCGCAAACUGAUUUUGGGGGAGGAGGGGGGUGUGUAGUAUUGGUUUCACUGUAAUGAUUUUGGUUAACAGAUACUGUCUCUUUUAUCAGACAGUGAAGAACAUUGCUGUUCCUCAAAAGCACAAAUUAUGUUUGUAUGAGCACGUACUUAUAGUAGAUUUCAGGCUGCCAACUACUAGAGGCACUUCCUUGUUAAAGUGUCAAGUGUUUUUGAUGUCCAUGUCAUUAAUUUGUAGAGUAUCUCGCUACUAUGUGAAUUUUAGGGCUGUCUAGUCAUAUUUGCCUUUAAAAGAUCAAAUACAACAAAGUUAAGGAAUGCUGUGUCUUAUGUAUGUACAGUUGUUGGUUUUUUUUUGUUUUUUUUUUUGUUUUUUUUUUUUUGCAAAAUGGAUCAGUGGGCAUAUAUCCUGUUAAUUACCAUAUCUUGGUAUUUUUAUGUGCAGCGUUUUCUCUAUGAAACACUGCACAUUCAGAGUUUAAUCCCUUUGCUGCUGGAGGCAUAAAUCAACCUCCGGCGGGUUCAUUGGAUUGUCAUUAGCAAGCCCAGAAUAAGAGUUUCAGGGUGGUUAAUAUCCGCUCUGUUCAUAUUGGAUAUCAGACACCAGCCCACACCCAUCCAGCGAUACAGAGGGAGUUUAGCAGAGGAGGAUUGGGCUGAGGGGAAAAUUGGCAUAAAUUUAAGGGAUUAUUUGGGUAGGGGUGAAGGGCAAUUUGCGGUGAAAAGUGUUUGCUUUUAUUGGAGAAACCCUAAGACACAGAGGUGCAGAGUAUUGCAUGACAGUAUCUCCCUUCACCUUGUCCCAUCAGGACGUGCAGACGAACAUGCUGCCUGUGGUGGUGGUAGAUAAGGGUGGGGGCGGGGGGGGUGUCUUUAGGGGAAUGAAAGCAUCACAGUGCCACUUUAUAUGGACUAUAAACACAUUUCCUGCCUGCCAUCUGGGUAUUGUAUAGCUUGUCUUCUCCAGUAGAGGGCAGUGCUUAAUUUAUUUUCCUUGUGUUUGAUUCUGGCCUCAAUUUAUGACUUUCCUUAUUAAUCUUUUUGUCAGAAAAUGACUAAUAAUUAGAGGAAGUAAUCAGCCAGUAUGUAAAAGUUUUGGAUAGGGAGUUUGUGAUGUUGUAUAAUAUGAUGCAUACUAAAUUGCUGUGAUUUUCCAACCCCCUUCCCUUUUUCCUAUUUAUUUUAUUUUUUAAAUCACCUUUUAUAAAAUCAAUUUUAGCCAUUGAUUGGUUACUGAUGUUAAGAUCUACAAAAAUAAAACCCACAUUUAAGUGAUUUCCAAUUUGGACUUUAAAAAAUAAAUUAUUUUUAUAUAUAUAUAUAUAUAUAAUUAUAAUAAUAAUAAUAAUAAUAUAUUUUUUUAUUUUUUUUCAAAGUUUGGCCGCCUAAUUGUGAUGAUUAAUAUGUGAAGCCAACCCUCAGUGACAGCUUGGUUCUGGGGGGAGUGGGUUUAUAACAUUAGUGUAUGUAAUGAAGAUCCAAUUAUUUUAAUUAAAUUCUUCCUGGGGUGCCCAGGAUCUAUCUAGUGUCACUGUUCCAAACAGUGUGGACCCUCUAAAAUAGCAUUGGUUUCUGUUUUUAUUUAUUUAUAACUAUCUUUCAUGCAUGGUGUCUUGUAGUAUUCACUGCUUUUAUUAAAAUUUAUUUUUAUUUCAGAUUCGCUUACCACCUGAAGUGAAUAGGAUUUUAUAUAUCAGGAACUUGCCUUAUAAAAUAACUGGUGAAGAAAUGUACGAUAUCUUUGGCAAAUAUGGACCUAUUCGACAGAUCAGAGUGUAUGUUUACUCUUUAUCCUCAUUGAAUAUUUCUUGUGCAUGUUGUGACAAAAUAAUCCUUUUAAACAGACACUUAUUGAUAGAUUUGACAUAAUACAUGUUUGUGUUUUUGUUUUUAAAAAAAAUAAUUAGUGAGUGGGAGACACAUUAUCUUACAUGGAUACUCCUGAAUCGAUCAGACUCAUUUAUAUUUUAUUUAUUCCUCAAAGGGAAAACAGUAGAAAACGGUCUGAAUUUAGCUUAAUAAAGCAGUUUAGUGGUAUAGAUUAUGCCUCUGAAGUUUUACUGCUCAAUUCACUGCUGUUUAUUAGCUGAAACACUUUUAUUUCUGUCCAUGCCACACAUCCCCUGGCCAUGACUGACAAAGCCUGCAAGAAAACAAAAUGGUUUCAUUUUCAAUCAGAUGUAACAUACUUUAAAAGUUAUUAGCUCUUCCUCUGUAAAUUUUACUUUACGUUCAUCUGGGGCUCCUGCAGGGUUUAGCAUACUAUUAACACAGGGCUUGACAAAUCCCAGGUGCCAUGGCGACUAGGCUUUUAGUCCUGGUGCCUGGGAUUUGUUGGCCCAUUCAGCCCUUGAGGUGGUCGGCUGCCUAUGAGUGGAGGCGGUCGGCUCAUAAAGAGCAUGGGCAUGCAGUCAGCCGCCCGGCUGGACGGAGAGCAUGGGGUGUGCGCAUGGGUGGCAGACUUCUGGAAGAUUGAGGCAGAUGGGCAAGGGAGCUGUAACUUCCCUGCUCUGCUCCCUCGUGCGUCCUCCAGAUAUGCCGGGAGCUGGAAUAUGACGUAAUUCCGUCCCCGGCAUCACUAAACAGCACUCUAUGGAGCAGAGCAGGGAGAUGACUGAAGCCCCGUUGGACCCCAGGGAAAGCCAAACCACUCCAGCUCCAGGUAGAGAUGCUGGGUUGUCAUCUUAAUGUGUGUUGUUGCAGUGAGUGUGUGUGUGUUUAGGUUACCGGUACCCCUCCAAUCACACGGGUAAAAGGUUUUUACUCACCUUUUUACCUCCACACUGUGGUGGUCUUGCCACAGCUGGCCCUGCUGUGAUCUUGAUGAUCUCAGCCAAUCCAAUGCUUUCCUGUAGGAAAGCACUGGGAGGCUAUUGCGAAUGUGUGGCAAAACAUCAUGCUGUGCCAAUCAGUAUCUCCUCAUAGAGAGGAAUUGAAUGAAUGCAUCUCUAUGGGGAACAUUCAGUGCCUCCAUGCAGAGCGUGGAGACACUAAACGUAGCUGCUGCGUACUUUGCAGCACUGAUCCAGGAUGCAAGGCAACAAUGUAAAUACUACUUUUCAAUGUAAACCCUGCCUUUUUUUUUUUUUUAAAGAGAAAAGUGUGGAGGGGCUGGGUAUAGACAAAAGAACAACUACAUUGAGCUGUAGUGGUUCUGGUGACUAUAGUGUCCCUUUAAGAAUUUUAUUUUUGACAUUGAAAAACCUGGUUCCUAGUUUCGAAGAAAAUUUGUCAAGUCAUGUAUUAACAGAGCAGGAGAUAAUUCUAAAUUAAACAUCAUUUGCUAUACAGGUUGUGUAAAUAUUAAAUUACUCUUUACAGGAAGUGUUUAAUAAGAUUAUGGCAGUCACAUGCCGGGAGGUGUGCAUAGGGCUGCAUAAACAAAGUGAUUUAACUCUUAAAUGGCAAACAAAUUGAAUAGUGAGACUGCAUGAGUAUGAUCUAUAUACCCUAAAUGCUUAAAGGGACACUAGGCACCCAGACCACUACAGCUCAUUCAAGUGGUCUGGGUGCAGUGUCCAAGGCCUUUUAACCCUGCAAUUGUAAUUAUUGCAGUUUUUGAUAUACUGCAAUAGUUACAUUGCAGGCUUAACUCCACCUCCAAUGGCUAUGCAUGACGACAUCCAACGUCACCCGAAACGCCACAGGAAGGCGUUACACAAUGCUUUCCUAUGGGGCAAGUCCUAAUGCAAUUGUGGCGCUCGUCCCUGGAAUUAUGUAAGUGAUGGAAGGGGUUUUGAACUCCUUCUGCACCAUAGGUGCAAGCUAAAGUUCUUUUGGUGAUUAUAGUAUCCCUUUAAGGACAGAGUCCUAUUACAAUUUUGUCUAAUUUGGAGUUGUUAUAGUUAAUGCCAUAAGUUCAUAGUUUUCCUUUUCACAUAAAUGUAAUUAUUUAUCUUUUUAUAGGCCUUGAUUAGCAGAUUGUAGCUAUCUCCCCAAGCCCUCUGAUCGGUGAACGUUUAGUUAAAUUUCCUGUUUGCAUACCCAGUCAUACUGUGACAUCAAGAUGUCGACGGAAUUGGACUGCUGCUCAUUGAAAACAAGUAUUUGUAUGUUGUGAUGCUCAUUGUUGUUGCUCUUGUAAUCAACGAUCCAAUCCAGAGCUUUACUGUGGGACAUUUGAGCGGCGAGCUGAACUGACAAUCCGAUCACCACUUGUGAAGGCAGUGUCUCGUUCACAUCAUUGAUCUAAUUUGAAAGCCACUCAUUCGCUUAAGGUGCGCAAUGCUUCUACAUGAGAAGCAUUUAAUUGGACAAUGUCCUGUUAAUAGAUUAUUAACAAGGCAAAGUGCAGUGAAGAGACUACUAACGGCGAUGGAUUUAAAGGGUUACUCCAACCACUGUGGCCACUUCAAUGAUUUUAACUGGUCAUGGUGAUAGGAGUCUGAAUGAGCAGUCUGCUAGAAGCUUUGCACAUACAGAGAUAUUUGCACUUGUGACUACCAAGCAUUAGCGGUUAUCCUACAGUAACCCUAACUGAGGAAUUCCCUCUGCUAAAAUCAGCACAGGCAUUUCACUGCUAAAAAAGUAGAAAGCGGUCUAUGAUGGCCAUCUCAUGGUGUUUUCAGCAUGAGUGUUGCACACAGCUCAUCGAUUAGUCUGAGGCCACGCAUACAGAGGGGAGCCCCGGUAUCUGUUGAUAUCUGGGUCUCCCGGGUCCAAGACGUUCCAUAAUGUCCUAAUGUUGUUAAAGCCCACUAUUUUUAGGAUAUAUAUAUAUGUUAUAGGAAACACUUGGAAAAUAUGCAAUGUAUUCCUUGAUUAAACAGAAACAGUUUCCAACUAUACAGCCUGUUAGAAGCCACAGUAGGUGUACUGGUGGUUGCCUAGCAACACAAUUUGCUGCCACUUGAACAUUAAUAUAAUAGCACAAAUGCAAUAUUCAAUCAUUGAAACCCUUCCAGUCAUGUAUUGUAAUACAAGGUAAUGUUUUUCUCUAACCGGGUAAACCUAAUCAUGAAUGUGUUUGUGUGCGUGGGUGUUUACAACACAUACUUUCAAAUACAUGUCACAGCGUAUUAAAUGCAUAGCUCUAUUCACUGCCUCUGCCUAACAAAGACGUAUUAACGUACUUUAUUUGAGUUUGGAUGUAAACGUUGGAGGCAUUAAUUUCUCUCUGGAUUUAUAAAAUGUAUAUUAAAAUAUCAUGGGCACCCAUUCAGGGAAAUGCUUUUUCCCCCUAGUGCACAAUAUUGCAGUUUUAUUACAAUAGAUUAAAUUGCAAAACUAUAUUAAAGCUAGUACUGCUAUAUUGCGCCAGAUUUGAGAGUGGACGACGGACUCUUUUUUUUUUUUUAAUUUAGAAUUUCCCAUCAACUUAACUGUUCAUAACUUGCUAGACCCUGCAGGAGCUUCCUGUAUGUGAUUUAAAGGGACACUCCAGGCACCCAGACCACUUCUGCUCAUUGGAGUGGUCUGGGUGCCAACUCCCACUAACCUUAACCCUGCAAGUGUAAUUAUUGCAGUUUUUUAUAAACUGCAAUAAUUACCUUGCAUGGUUAACUCCACCUCUAGUGGCUAUCUACUAGACAGCCAUUAGAGGGCACUUCCUGCUCUAUAGCACAGAAAACCUGUGCUAGAGCCUUGCUGGACAUCCUCAUGCUGUGUGAGGACCUCCAGCGUCGCUCAAUUCCUUAUAGGAAAGCAUUGAAAAGCAUUUUUAAUGCUUUCCUAUGGGGAGCCCUAAUGCGCAUGCAAGGUUUUAAAGGCAAGGCCAAGUUGUCCCGGCAGCCAAAUCCUCCCCUGGUCAUGUUACUCCACCUCACUGGAGGGCAAGAUGCCAGGGAGGACAAGCUGAGGAAAUUCCUUGGAUGGCACAGACUAUUUUAGACAUGCCGCCAUUGAUUCCUUUUCCAAGCAUGCUAUGCGUCAGACCUAAUGUGCACAGAACUGAUGUUACCUAUCUUGGAAUCCCCGUACUGGGCUGGCUAAUGAUGCUGAAGAAAGUGCAUUUAAUAGUGCAACAAUGCAAAUGUAGACUCCAAGCUCUAUAAUCACAUCAAAUCACAGAAGUAACCCUUGUAAAAAAAAAAAAAAAAAAAACAUGCAGUCCAGGGUUGCAAUAAAUAGCAUAGAGGUUCUUAGUGAUCUGGGUUUUUGAAGACUGUAGAUUAAACUUUACUUUUUUUUUCUCUCAUUAACAGUGGAAACACACCAGAGACCAGAGGAACAGCGUACGUGGUUUAUGAAGAUAUAUUUGAUGCCAAAAAUGCCUGCGAUCAUCUCUCUGGUUUCAAUGUUUGUAACAGAUACUUGGUUGUAUUGUACUACAACGCAAACAGGGUAAGACAUAUAUUUCUGUAAGGAUAUCUCAGUAGAUUGUAAAAUAUUCCAGACAGGACAUGCUCAAAAUAGCUGCCCAGUCGCUUGUCUUUUUUUAUAUCAGCCACUAGUAGACGUGCCCCUACUCGUGGCACGGUGGGUAGAGGCAGAAUUUAACCUUCUUUAUUUACUAAUACAAAGUUUGUUUUACUUAGUAUUAGUAACGUAGCAUGAAAGACCAAAUUUUAUAAAAAGGAAAGGCUAUAUGUAAUUUUGGUCUUUCAACGUUUUAGUUGAUAGUUCUCUAAUUCUUGUAUGAUUGUCAUAUGCAUACCAAAAGGAGUUAUCUACUAAACAGAUCCCUAAUUUGGUAUCUGUCUAGUUAUCUACUAAAUGGCUCCAAGAUGCAGCCGCAGCCCGCAUGGGAAAUUCAUUAGUCUGAAUAAAAAUCCCAAACUAACAUAAAGCCAAAAUUUCGCUUAAAAACCAUCAACGUGUGAAAUUCUACUUUGACAAAACUAAUCGUUUUUGUCCAUCUAAAUGUAUUUAGACAAUACUCAUUUUGGCGGAGCCAAAGUCUAACUCAAAUACUCGGGUAGGAGAAGACUGUGACAUUAUGUGAAUAUUAGUAUAGUUAUAGAUAAAGGGGAAUGAUUUGGGGAAAGGAAAAUUUGGGGGUUGAAAAGUAAGGUGGGGUGUAAAAAAGAACCGAGCCACUUCAAUUUAUUAAAAUGCCAAAAUAAAAAAAGACACUCUUCAUGCAUAAAGCACUUCAGCAAGCUAAAGUGCUUUAUGUGUGUCAAGUGGACAUUUUAAGUAUAUUUCCCCUUUUUAAAUUUGUAUUUCUUGUGUUCAAUUUAAUUGUUUUUGUUCUGUGAACUAUCCCAGUAGCUGAAAAUUAAAUCACAAAUGACCUCUGACUUAAGGAGAUACAUAGAAACAGAGAAUGUGAUGGCAGAUAAGAACCAUUCGGCCCAUCUAGUCUGCCCAAUUUUCUAAAUACUUUCAUUAGUCCCUGGACUUAUCUUAUAGUUAGGAUAGCCUUAUGCCUAUCCCACGCAUGCUUAAACUCCUUCUCUGUGUUAACCUCUACCACUUCAGCUGGAAGGCUAUUCCAUGCAUCCACUACCCUCUCAGUAAAGUAAUACUUCCUGAUAUUAUUUUUAAACCUUUCCCCCUCUAAUUUAAGACUGUCUUCUUGUUGUGGUCAUUAUUCUUAUUUUUAAUAUAGUCUCCUCCUUAAAUAUAGUUAACUAGAUUGUUUCAUCCAUCUUGCCCAUCUAGAGCUGGGGUUUCCAAACUCUGGUCCUCCAGAUAUUGCUGAACUACAACUCUAAUUAUUGAAUGAAAUAGCCAGAGAAUCAGAGUUGUAGUUCAGCAACAUCUGGAGGAAUAGAUUUUGGAGAACCCUGAUCUUGAGGAAAGCACAACAAUUUUUUAUUUUUGUAUAUGUGGGCAGGAGUUUCCGGUUCUGCAUACUUACUCAUAAUUAAUUUUAAUGAUUCAGUUCGAUUACUUGUAAUAGAAAAACACAAGGCUUAAGGUUUUAAUUAUUUAACCAUUUUAUUUACAGGCUUUCCAGAAGAUGGAUACAAAGAAAAAAGAGGAACAGCUUAAACUUCUCAAAGAAAAAUAUGGCAUCAAUACGGACCCCCCAAAAUAAAUCUGUAUUUCCCCCCGCAUCGCGAUCUAGUGGAAUUUUGUGAUGUCAUAUUUUACUGUCUGUUCUGUUCUGUACUGAACCUGACUGCUCUCUAAUCUUCUUCAUAACAAGAUUCAGUAUUUGUGGGUUUAUUUAAAACCUAACAGCACAGAUUACUGAGGUGUUAUUAUUUAAAAACAAAAAAAAUCAAAUGUGUCCCUUUUUAUGCUAGGUUCUGUUAUUGUGCAUAAUAAAAUAGUCUUUUUUUAUUUUAGUGUCACUGCAUACCUUUUACCACAUGGGAACUCUAGUUGUAAUGACUUUGUUUUGUUUUUUGCACCUUAAGAAAACAGAGUAUAGGGAAUUUGUAAUAAAGGAAGCCAGACAGGCGACUGAUAAAACAUUAGUUUCAAUAUUUUGGAAUAGACAGAAUAGUUCUCCAAAAUAUAAGCUCUUAAAUUAAUCUCUGUUCUUAAAAGGCCAGAUUUUCUAGGGCUGUACAACCAUAGACUUCACAAUGCAGCUCAAUGAGAAGGACCUUGAGUUUAGCUCCACCAAACCAAUCAACAAGUAACAGGACAGGUUGUCUGAGUGAAAGCUUGGGGGGUGUAAGAAGGUUAUUUUUAUGAGAUUUAUCUAUUGAACUCUGUACUUUUGUAAAAUUAAAAAGUACACACUCUUAACACAUAAGGCACUUCGACAACCUAAAGUGCUUUAGGGAUUUGGAGGUUCCCUUUAAGUAAGAACAGCUUUUGCUGUUGCGAAUCUUCUACUGUAGAGUUUUUUUUUUUUUUUCAUUAGGAUGUAAUUCUGAGGAAUGGAAAUCAUUUUUUUUUAUUUUUUUUAAAUGUCUACAAUGGGGUAAAAUGAGAAACAGGAAAUAGGAGUAUAGCUAAAUAUGGAUGAUUAUAGAGAAUUCCCCUGCUUGUACCGGCAUCUCUAGACAUGCAGCUUCUAAUAAAUAUCACCCAGAUGUAGGAGUAUGUGUGGGUAUAAAAACAAAUCUUAAAUCAGGGAUCGACAAAUCCCAUGGUGACUAGGAAUUUUGUCCCCGUAUCUGGGUGUUUGUUAGUCCGUUCUGCGAUGCAGUAGGCAGAGAGAGAUGUGAGCUAUAGACUGUAAGCUCGUUUGAGCAGGGCCCUCUUCAACCUAUCGUUCCUGUAAGUUUUCUUGUAAUUGUCCUAUUUAUUGUUAAAUCCCCCCUCUCAUAAUAUUGUAAAGUGCUACAGAAUCUGUUGGCGCAAUAUAAAUGGCAAUAAUAAUCUUCUUGCUCUGCUCCCUUGUGCACCCUGCUUUGAGGCCGGUAUAUGAGGUCACUAAACAAAACUUGAAGGAAUAGAGCUGGAAAAGGUUGAAGAUUACAGCAGCUCCACUGGAUCCUAGGAAAAGGAUCCACUCCAGCUCUCCCAAAAGUAGGAGGCUCUGUGAACUUAAAUUAAAACAAAAAUAACAAUU